AUGUCUGGUCAUAUUUCAUCAGAGCAUUCUCGCUCUAAUUCACGAUCCUCUCAAACGCCACACUCUAGGGAUCCGAUGCCUCGCCACUCCUUCGGUCGCAACUCCACCUCCAAUCCAAAUGUCUUUGCCGACGAAUACUCAUUAGAGACCAUUGACUCCGAUCGCAUCGAACGCCCCCACAGUCCCUCAUCCAUUGCAUCCUCGGCUACUCUUCGUGAAACCAAUCAGUCGAGGACCGUCAGCACGGCCACAACCGAGAACGAGAACCCUUUUGCUGAUGACGCUCGGGUGUCUUUCGAUGAACCUCACCGGUCAAGUCUGCCCCAAAAGGGCUACCCCUUCGCCCACAACCGUAACUCAACCUCCUCUCUCAACUCGACACCAUCCAUGAUCCAGCGAAAUCAAAGUGUUUCUUCUCGUUUCUCGAUUCCCCGCGCCCUCAGUCCCUACACCGGAGCCACCGGACCCAGCCAUCCAUAUGGUAUGUAUCCACAAGUCGGGGUUAGCCGGACACCCAGUGUGGGUAGCACCUCGACGAUACGCCCAGUUGAACGUCCGCUUGAAGAAUCAACUGGUCCACAGCACCCCUACGCGAUGUACUCGCAGAAUGUGGUUGAGGAAGGAAUGGAUGAUGAUAUCAUACCGGUCGGAUUUCCAGGUCAUAACCCACAAUAUCAGCCACCCGCUGGCCGUCAAGCUGAUGAUGUGGGCGAUAUCAUUGGACUGGAUGGUCAUGCAGAGCCGCUACCACCUUAUUCACGCUAUCCAACUGGUGUUGUGCCCAAGCCCCCCGGGGGCUGA